UGAUGAUGAUGAUGAUGAGCGCGCCUCCCAUUUCUGCACUUCCACACUAGUCCGCCAAGGGCUGACAGGAGCACAGCCUCUUUCUUCACUCGCACCCAUGACAACAACGGAGAGGUCAUUUGCAGUUUUAACGCAACUUGUCUAGUUUAGACGCGACGAACAAGCGAGAAGAAGAUGUUUCAGCCGCGGAGACCGUUCGAGAGCGAAAAGCACCAACUUCAGGAGCUCAACGCCAGGCUCGGCCAGUACCUGUCGAGAGCGAAGCUCCUGGAGCGAGAGAACGCCUGCCUGAUGUCGGAGAUAAGCGCGGCGAGGCAGAGCAGGUCUGAGGAGCCGGAGAGCCGACGCAUGGCUGAAGUGAGGGAGAUGAGGAGGCUGGUGGAACGCCUGUGCUUCGAGAAGAGCAAGGCGGAGGUGGAGAGAGAGAAACUCCGCAGAGAGUUCCAGGCCCUCCAGGCGCUGUGCUCGGACGAGUGCGCCGUUAGCAGGGGUCUCGGAGGAGAGCUGAGGGACUGCGAGCAGCAGCUCCGCCACGCUCAGCACACCAACGGCGCCCUGGAGCAGCGCCUCGGCGAGCUGCAGCGCGAGUACGCGUUCCUGGAAGACGCCCACAGAAAGGAGGUGGCCCACCUCAGGAGCCAGGUGCACUCGCGUGUGAUACCUGUGGUGAGCGAGGUCCGCGGUGGCCCACCGGUGGUCAGCAUGGAGGAGGUGGAGGAGUACACGCUCCACUUGUCUGAGAGCUGGCUGGACACGCUCGAGAUGUAUCGCCAGAAGGUCGAGGAGAUGGAGGAGGCCGUGAAAGCGGACCAGGCCAGGCUGGAAGACUUUAGAAAAGAAAGGACGCAGUACGCCUCGGAGCUGAACAGGCUGCGGGCAGAGGUGGAGAAAAACGCCCAUCUGCAGCUGGACCUGGAGGGGCAGCUCAUCAACAUGCAGGAGAACUUUAAAGGAGACAUCAGUCAGUAUCAGAUGAUUAUUGAAGAGCUGGAACAUGAGCGCCAGCUUUUGGCCAACACUAUUUCAGAAAAGCUGAAAGACCAUCAGGACCUUCUUCAGGUUAAGAUGGGGCUCAGUCUGGAAGUGGCAGCAUACAGGGCGCUACUGGAAGGAGAACGAAAACAUGCUCAGAUGAGGUCUGAUCAGCAUUCAAGAGAGAGAAUAAUAGAUAUCAGAUUACCAGCUCAGUACGCUCCAAGGGUCUCCACCAGUCAGCCAGAAGUGAGAAGGCAUUUCACAGCAUAUGAUGCGAGGUAUAUGGAGCCCAUUUCCAGCAUUAGAACCUCUACUGUAUCCAGUCAGUUUGACUCCCAAAGAGCCUCCAGGGUUGUGCCCAUUGCUGUGUCAAAACAUGCCCAUCAGAGUCCUGCAGCAAGAAGGGAUAUGAUCUCUUUCACCAAAGCAACUCAAGCAGCAGCUGCAGCAAGUAUAGCCAAACCUGGAGUCUCAGCCAGUGACAGAACCAAAGAAGUGGUGGAGGAGAAGAGUGUGAAAAUCAAAGGAUUGUCACAAGACCAGUCAGUAAAGGGAAGCAAAUCAGUCUCCACUGCCUCACCAACAGCAGAACAGAAAUCAAUGAGAGUUGUGUCACCUCCCAUGAUGAGCCUCAGCACCAAUGAGGAAAGCCAAGUUGUUGAUAAGCAAAACGAGAGAAAGUAUGAGAGAGCAGAAACAGAUUAUACCAAGAAAACAGUGAAAUCUGGUGAAGUACAGUUUGUCCAGGAAGAAGAGUUCAAGCAUGAAGAUCGGAAAGAUUUGAAAGAGUCUGUAAAUGUGGAACCAAAGAAAUUUGCAGGAGAGGAAAAAGUAUUGGACUCUGUGUCCAUGGAAGAAAUUAUUGAGAAGGUCAUGAAGCCUGCUGGCCUGGACACAAAGCUUAGUCCAUCUAUUGACUCAAAGAUCACAUACCAUGUAGAGAAAACACAGCAAGAGGAUGGAAGCACCAAGACUCAGAUAGUCCUGCAGUCAAAAGUGGAAGAGAAUCUGGAUGUGUCAGAUGACUCUGCUCUGGAGGAACUCCUCAGUAAGGGAGUGAAAAAAGUCUCCCUGGAGGAUAUUGAGGGAACCCCAACAGGAAGCAUGAUUCAAAAUCUGCUAAGCCUUGGUCUGAAAGGCGAAAGUCUAGAAAACAAGUCUGUUAAUGUGGAGAUAAUAGAGGAACCAGUGGAUUCUCAAAGUGACGAAGAAGGGGAGGUUGACAUUGAAGAGAUUGUGGAGGUAAAAUCCAAACCUUACUUCAAACCUUCAACAAUGUUCUUCCAGAUUGAAGAGCCAGAGAAUGAACCUCAGCCUACUGUAAAAUAUGAGAGUACCAGCGAGAAUGUGACAACUUCAGGGUAUGGCGAGAGUGGAUCUGUGCAGGUCCAGGAGGUGUCCAAAGAGGACAGUCUCCCCUACUAUUCCCAGGGCCAAGAGACUCAAGAGUACUUUGUUUCCACCCCUGAGGACAAUAUGUCUGAAUCUGAGGAGGGUGGUGGAUUUAUGUCUUAUGGACAUUAUGGAGUGGUGGACGACCUGUCAGAUGAAAGAUACUACCAGGAAGAAGGUCUUCCUACAAACAGAAGAUACUCAGAUGAAGAUGACAGUAACAGAGAAUCACCUGAAUAUGUCAAAAGAGAACCUUUUCCACAGUGCAUCAUUGAGGAGGAGAUACGUGUUUCUCCCGUAGUGCAAGAGUCCGUGCUAGAGAUCCUGAAAGAGGAGUCUCUGAACCCAAGAGAGCAGCUGAGGGGAGCCCUGGAACAGCUAGAGUGCACAGUGUCUGGAUCACUGAAAGAAGAACUUGCUCUUCUCACACAGGCUGGUGAGACCUGUGAGGGUAUCUCUGUUGACAUUAAGAAGGCAGACCCUGCAGAUGAUGGAACGAUGACCUUUGUGGCAGAGCUCAAUGUUUCUCAGACUCUGGAGGAGUCUGGGCUGCUGGAUGAUCAGACAGAGGACCUGUCCCAAGAACAGUUUUUGGCAGCACUGCGGUCCUCAAACCCUGGACUCCACCAGGCCCUCAGUGCUGGAGCUGGUGGAAGCUAUACCACGAGAGUCUCCAAAGAGGAGGUCCAAUCAGAGGGAAUGCCGUGGAUGACCAGCCUAGAAGAAACUGAAGACUGGAGCUCGGCUGCUGAAGCUGGAAAAACAGAAAAAGUCAUCAAGCUGGGGCCUAAUGAGAGAUCCUUCACAUUUCAAAUGGAUAUCAACAACAGCUCAUCUGGGUCAACAAGCUUAGAAGGGGUGGAUUCCCAAGGACAGAGAAGCGAUGGAGCCAGUGUCCAAGAGUUCCUACAAACCCAGAUGAUUGACCCUUCUUUAAAGGUCCGACAUGAGAAAAAAAUUGCUACUGUUUACCUUGAAAGCCCCACGGAUGACUAAGUGAAAUCCAAAUAAAAUCACCCUGCAGCUUUACAUUACAUUUUGAAGUAUAGACAGCAUUGUUUUUCGUGAUGCUUACAGAGAGCAAGGUGAUUUUCUCAAAUCAGAUUUGGUUACUUUGCCUGACCAGAUACAUGUGUUUGGACACAGUGUGAGCCAUUGGCUAUUUUUGCAGUUUACACUUCAAGGAAAUAAUCAGACACGCUCUACACACUGCAAUGAUAUCUCAGUAGUGAAAUCAUGUUAUUUACUCUAAUAUUUCUCAUUUUGAGAUUAUUGUAAGAAUAUUACAAGGCUAUUUAAAGGGCUCAUACCCCAGGUCCACUGGCAUUUGUGUAGUUUUAUUAACCAAAGAUAGUCAUAAUUCAUUUUUUAAAUGCUCAAUUUCCAACUUUUUAUGCCUUAAAAAUAAAAAGGCUUAUCUAAGGAAUGAUGUUUGCUCUGAUUGGUUGACCUGGAUUGUCAGAAUCAGCAGAAACACUCCAUGUAACGUCAACAUUAAUGAGCGGGGCUAAACCGCUGUAAGCUGAACAGGUGGAUAUGUAAAUGUGUUGGUUUUUGUGAUGUCACAGAACCAGGGGAUCAGAAACUGUUUUUUUGCAGUUUAGUUCCCAUAUAGAGACUUUCUUGACUGGAGUGAACGUCAUGUUUUGUCAUAUUUGUGGAAUAGAUAUAAUUUCCUAAAAAAAAGGAAAAAACUGUUAUAGAAAUCAAUUGAAUGAGGAAGUCUUAUAAAAUCUCAUAAUGAGAAAUAUUAAAUAUAUUGACCAGGUUUAUGAUUUCACUUGGCAAGACAUAGAAAACUGAACUCUUAUUUCGUGCUCAGAAUUACAUCAUGAAAUGAGUGAAAGGACGGUGGCAUCACUGUGUCCUGUAAAACCACAGAAAUCAGUAAUAAUUCAAAACUGCAAAUAGCUCAUAGCUCAGCUAAACCUAUAUUUAAAUCACUGCUUUCUGUUAGUGAUCCUCGGUUUUUCCAUUAUUCACUCUCUCAUAUCCUUUAUUUCUAAAUAUUGUCUUGAUCUAUAUUUUUCUACUAGCUACAUAAUCUAUGUAUUUUAUUUUGAUGAUACAGUCUCACUUUAGCUGAAGUCCACUUUUUUCAUUACUAAGGUCCACUUUGUCUAACAGUUAAACCUAUUUACAACUAUUUUCUGUGUUUGUGGCUUUUACCAGAGCACUAAGAAAAUAAUUUAAGAAGUAAAAGUAAAAUGAACAGAAAACUAAGUAUAGAUGCUGAAGAGGUGCGAAUAAGAUGUAGAGAGGAGUGUUCCUAUUACUGCAAUUGUGAAAGGCUCAUUUUAGCCUAUGUAAGGAGUGAAAUGUGGUGGGAUAUUUCUUGCAGUACUAAUAUUCGAUCAUAACCACUAAGAAGACUUAUAGAGUAUAGCCUAAAUUUGAGUACUGUCAGUGUCUGACUCUGUGAUUAACAGGAAAUUUCAGACUGUCCUUCCUGUCUUUCUUAGAUCCUUUAAUCCUUAAAUAACAUUAGAGUGGUAUUCACUAAUCCAGCUCCCCCACACUUCCAAGAUGAGGGCUUUUACAUUGCUCUCUGCAAAGUGUGUGUAGAGGGAGAGAGAGAGAGAGGGAGAGAGAGGGAGAGAGAGAGCAGUUUUCUCUCAACAAUAAGAAUGUAGGGCAAGUGUUCACUCUAGACGUGUCUAAAUGCAGUAGAACUGUAGUUCGGUGGCAUUAAGUCUGUCAAGGCCUGGAACUCAGAACCAGGAUUUGCUGUAGGAAGUUUGCAUAACGAGUGGCUAUUUUAGGACCGUUGCUCAUGCUUCACACGCUGGUAGUGGAGGGAACGAGAAGGAGAGGUGAGAGUACGUAGAGUAAGCCUGUUUGGAGUGCUCUGGUAACGCAGGAUUCCUGGAGAGGGUUUACAGGUUAUCAGAACAUGAUGGUGGACAGUCAAAUGCAAUAUUAUGUGUUGUGGUUUGGUCAUUUUCAAAAAUCACGUGCAUGUGCAUCUUCUGUUCUACAUUUUUGCCAUUAAUGGUUUUCUUAUUCUUGUCACAUAUACUAUGAUAAUGCAAGACUAUGCAUAGUUAUCUGUAUUGCACUCGUAUUCUCUUGAUAGCUUGCAUUCAGGUUGGUGCAAGUAUAGCAGCUCUCUGCAUCUGAAGGCUUCCAUUUAGCUCUGCUGUAAUCUCUUCUAGCCAAGGUUUAAGUCACCUAGUGACUGGCCCAGGUGACAGUUUUGUGCCUCUUUCCAGUGGUGGUGGUUAUGAACGUUUUAACCUCUUUAAAGGGAUUCCACCAAUUUUUCAAAAUUUCAGUGGUUGAGGUGUAAACAAAGUCAUUCAGAGUGGCUUGAUGUGAAAUUUACCAACUGUGAUGUCUUUACAGUGAUGGUGAAAGGAACCUGAGGUCGCAAUGCCUACAAGGCAAAUGUAGCCGUUUUAUUUCUUAUUCAAAAUGAACAGUAAACAUACACGUAUCUUCUGAGUUUUUAUAUUUUGAUAAUGGUUUUAAAAAAAAAAAAGCAUCUCUUUAGGGACUGUUUUGCCUUACAACGGCUGUCUGCCACAAAUGGAUUAAAAAAUAUAUGUUUUAGGUAAAAACCUUCGCAAAACUAUUGUAAACCAAUUUCUCAGCCAUCAGGCAGCAUAUCCAUAACCAUUUAAUAAAAUGAUUUUCUGUGAGGGAGCUUUUAGAGGCAUUAAACUCUAAAUUCGUCAGACGUCUGGUUCCUAUCACCACCACUGUGAGCAAUUCUGGUGUGGCAAGUAUCUCAUGACAAGUUACAUCAGCUGCGAACAACUUUGUUUACGACUUUGAUCUUAGUCAAGAUGCAAAAUGCAAAUAAAUAAUACAUUUUGAAAAAAUUGUGGUACUUGCUAUUUCGUUACCUAACGCUUUGAUAAAAAAACAUUAGUGAUCACUCGGGAUGGUGUUAGCUCAGCUUUUUGAUUUCUUUUAAUCUCUUUUACUUCUUUGCGACACUUUUUAUAUGAUAUACACAUAGUGUAACAAAGCUUACUGCCGCAUUCAGAAAUGCUUGAGGGAGAGGGCACAAAUGCAGUUAGAGGUUGAUGAAGCUUCACAGCUGAAAGAGGGGACUCCAUCUAUGAUUCUGACGUUUGGCAGCUUUUCUGUCCACAUGUAGCCUGGGCAGUGGUUCACACCUCAAAAACAAUAAAAGCAACUCUCGUGUGCUUCA